CAAAACAGAGAAAAGCAAAAAAAAAACCGUGAGGUUCGAUUUUACCCUCGGUGCCAGUGCAAAAUAACAUUAAUUGUUUACAUUUAAUGCGCAUGGAAGUUGUUCCGUAAGUUUGCUAAUUAAAUGCACGGUUCCUGCUUCUAGGGAGCGGCAAAGCGGUAAGCGAGCAUCCUUUUCGCUCGGGUGGCAGCAAAGGUAAAUGCAAUGAGCAGUUCCGGAUUCGUCAAAUCCGAAACCGACGGAAAGCGCCCAUCCAAUAACAAGAAUGGCGAUUGGACUUGUCCGGAGCCCGAUUGUAAGAAUCUAAAUUUUGCCCGGCGUAACCAGUGCAAUCGGUGCGGCAAGGAGCGACCGAACAGUGGCUCCAAGAAUGGAUCCACGGCCAGUGACUCCGACGGCGGGGGCAGCAGUAGCGCUGGAGGGAAAAAGAAAGUUGGCACCGAGAUCGGCAAGGCAGCGGCUGAGAAAUCGCGCGGUCUGUUCAGCGCCGAAGACUGGCAAUGCAAUAAAUGCGCUAACGUGAAUUGGGCACGACGUCACACGUGCAACAUCUGCAGCGCUCCUCGAUUUUGUGACGUUGAGGAACGGACCGGCUACGGUGGAGGAUACAACGAUCGUGGCGUGGUCGAAUACAAGGAUCGCGUUGAAUCCGACGACGAGUACGAUGAGUUCGGGCGCCGGAAGAAAUCGAAGGGCAAAUCCAAGGAUCAAGGCACUCGCUCAGCACAAAGACGACGGAGUACCGAUUCCGAGGAGGAGCUUGAGCAAAGAAAAAAUGCCCGAAGAGACCAGCCGAAGCGAAAACUGACUGCUGACGACGAUUCAUCUGACAAAGGCAACGAGGACGAUGACGAAGACGAGGAAGACGAUGAGGACGAGGGCAACGAGGACCUUUCCAAGUACGAUCUAUGGGGAUCGGACGAAGAAAUCGCAGCAAAACCGGCGCCCAAAGUAACGAACUCCUCCAACCACAAACAAGCUGCUCAACGUCAUCGGUCACGAUCAAACUCCCGCUCGAGGUCUCCCAGUGUGGACCGCAGGAGACGUUCGAGUGAUCAACGUUCUUCUUCAAAAUCGACCGCCUCGUCGACUAGUCACGGACGAUCCGACACAAAGCGCUCCAGCGCAUCCCGUCGUCAUGGUCGGUCACGCUCACGCUCGUAUUCCCGUUCCCGGUCACGCUCACGAUCGCGAUCGCCACGAUCCUACCGGCGCAAUAGGGACAGAAGACGCUAAGGCAUUUGUUGUGCUUACUUGUUUGUGCUAAGCAGGACUCAAUAUUGAAGGCAAAUAAAUGUGUAAAUUUUAGAGUGAAAUGUUACCAUGUU